AUGAUUCCGAAGAGUAACAUCAGCCUCCAAAUUAUUGUUGUAGGGGGAGGCAUAGGUGGUUUAUCGGUUGCUAUCGGGCUCGUACUAUCUGGGCACAAAGUUGUUGUUCUAGAAAAGGCUCACCAAUUAUCGGAGGUCGGCGCUGGGAUCCAGAUCCCGCCCAAUUCCACCAGAAUACUCGAGAUACUUGGAUGCAAAGCACAGAUACUAGAGAGGGCUUUGGUGCCAAAGGCAUACCACUUUCACAACCACAAAGGAGACAACCUUAUCAGUCUAGAGCUUGACCCUUAUUGUGCUCUCAAGUACGGUUGUAAAUCCUUACAUAUACACAGGGGGGAUUUUCACAGGUGUCUCGUUCAAAGGGCCAGAGAACUGAGUAUCAACAUCCUAGUAAAUUCGGGUAUUAUUGAUAUUGAUCUGGAUCAAAAUGCAGCAAUAACCCAUGAUGGUCGCAAAUAUCAGGGAGACGUGAUUAUAGGAGCCGACGGCUUGAAUUCGAAUGUUCGCAGCUCUAUAUAUGGGAGACACAGUUUACCGACAAAUAGUGGGGAUCAGGCUUAUCGCUCAUUGAUAUCAAUUCCGGAGAUGAACAAGCACCCAGAGUUAGACUUCAUCCACAAGAUCCCGUGCGUCAACUUUUUCUGGGGGCCCCAAGGUCAUGUGGUGACUUACCCCUUGAAAGGCGGCAACAGCUGCAAUGUUGUUGUCAUGGGGCCCGACAACCUGCCCCCAGACUCAAGCGUUGUUUCUGCAGACAAAGGUGAAAUCUUGCAGUUCUUAAAAACUUGGGACUCUCGAUUGCAACUGCUUUUGAGCCUUGCAACCUCAACUUUCAAAUGGAGACUUCAAUAUAUUGAGGAGCUAGAUUUCUGGAGCCAUCCUACUCAGAAUGUAACUCUUCUCGGAGACGCAUGCCAUGCAACUUUGCCUUAUCUGGCUCAAGGAGCAGCACAAGCCAUUGAAGAUGCUGCUGCCUUAGCAUACCUAUUUGGAAAAAUCAAGGACAAAUCUGAGAUACAUUUCAUAUUGGGAAUGUACGAACGCAUCAGAAAGCCAAGAACUUCCCGCAUUGUCAACUCCUCAAAAGAAUGUCAACAAAUAUACCACCUCCAGGAUGGGGAGAAACAGGAAUUGAGAGACCUAGAAUGUGCUCUGGAUCCUCCACAAGAAGGAUGUCCAGCUCGGUGGGCAGACCCUGAGUUUCAGGAAUACUUGUUUGGUUACAACAUAUUCGAAGAGUGCGAAAAGCAAUGGCUCAAGGCAACCACGAUGAAAGAGAAAUUGUGA